CCGGGCCCCGAGGCUCCCCGAGGCGGGCAUGGCCCUGGGGCAGGUGCCGCCGCUGCCUCCGCUCCGGGCCGAAGGGCACGAUCGCCCACGAAUCCAUGGCAUUCGGCGAUUUUUUUUUUUUCUUGCCCAGAAUCUUAGAAAAUGAAACAUAAUGGUUGACAUCCUGCUGGUGCAGGUUCCAGCGACAGCGGGUUUGGUCGGGUACCUGCCGGGCAGGCCCAGAGCCCGGCAGUGACUGCAACUGGGUUUGGACUUUGGGGGCUCGCGGGUGACCCCCGCCCCCCACGUCCUCUGUGCUGGCGCCCCGCGGCUCUGGGCGCUGCGCUGGGAAAUAAAAACCCUUCCAUUUAGGGGCGGAGUCUUUGUCCAGCGGGUUUUCAAACGUUUGUGGUUUUUCAGAUGGAGCGCAUGUUACUUUCCUGGAAAUAUUAAAACCUGCAGAACGGAACCGCAUCCGACCGCACGAAGCGGGCCGUUCAGAGGGAAAGGAAAGGCUUUUACUUUCAAGACCCCCGUUUUCAAUCCAGACCUCAGAAAAGGGAGGGAAGUGGGGAGGAUGUUAACAGAUUUCGAUUCCACCUCCCUGAGGGCACAGAGUUGGUGACCGGCGCCUGUCCGGAACCAUCUGUACCUUCUACGUCGGGGCGUCUUGUGCCCUGCACCUGUGACAGGGGACUCUGUCAGAACCGUGGGCCGCCGUGUGCCCAGCGCCUGCCAGGGUUUGUGGCACGUGCCUUACGGGACGCUUGGGUCGGGUCGUGUCCAGCGUUUCGGCCUUGAACACAAAGCUGUUUAGUGGCUUAUAUGUCCAGGCGGGGCCUUCGUUGGGCAGUUCGUUUGGGAUGAGUUCCCAGAGGUGGACUUGCUGUGAGGCGGUGGGUCAAGGCCGCGGGUGGUUGGUGCCCAGAGGACAUCUUGUGGGUUCUUUGUUUAACUGGAUUUAUGGGGGUGACAUUGGUGAAUAAAGGGCGGGCACCGUUUCUCCCUGAAAGAAACGCGAGUCACGUGGGCUGAGAAAGAGCUGGCAGUGGGAACACAUGAGCAGGAGCCGGGAGGCAGCCGUGACCGCGGCCAGGACCUGGGCGGCUGCAGACCACGGGGCACCGCGUCGGUCCUGCCACCUGAGGACGCGCCCGCGGGGACACCAUGUCGGCGCCGGCAGAGCCCGCGGAGCUGGCCCCGGGCCCCGAGGAGACGCCCCGGGGGAAGCCGGCCCUCGGCUGGGGCUCCCUGUUCGGCCCCCGAAGUGAGAAGAUCGUCUUCGCCAGGAGCGAGGGCGCCGAGGAGAGCUUGCUGGCCGUCACCAUCACCGAGACCACGGUCAUCGAGGCGGACCUGGGCGUGUGGAGCUCGCGCGCGCUGCUCUACCUCACGCUCUGGUUCUUCCUCAGCUUCUGCACCCUCUUCCUCAACAAGUACAUCCUCUCGCUGCUGGAGGGCGAGCCCAGCAUGCUGGGCGCAGUGCAGAUGCUGUCGACCACGUGCAUCGGCUGCCUGAAGCUUUUCGUCCCCUGCUGCCUAUACCAGCACAAAGUCCGGCUUGCCUUCCCGCCCAACUUCGUCAUGACCAUGCUCUUCGUGGGCCUCAUGAGGUUCGCCACCGUGGUGUUGGGCCUGGUCAGCCUGAAGAACGUGGCCGUGUCGUUUGCCGAGACGGUGAAGAGCUCCGCCCCCAUCUUCACGGUGAUCAUGUCCCGGAUGAUCCUGGGGGAGUACACGGGGUUGCUGGUCAACCUCUCCCUCAUCCCUGUCAUGGGAGGCCUGGCACUGUGCACAGCCACCGAGAUGAGCUUCAACAUCCUGGGGUUCUCGGCCGCGCUGUCCACCAACAUCAUGGACUGUUUACAGAAUGUUUUUUCCAAAAAGCUCCUCAGUGGGGACAAGUACAGGUUCUCGGCGGCCGAGUUGCAGUUCUACACCAGCGCCGCUGCCGUGGCCAUGCUGGUCCCCGCCUGGGUCUUCUUCAUGGACCUGCCGGUGGUCGGGAGGAGCGGGAGGAGCUUCAGCUACACGCAGGACGUGGUGCUGCUGCUGCUGAUGGACGGCGUCCUGUUCCACCUGCAGAGCGUCACGGCCUACGCCCUCAUGGGCAGGAUCUCCCCCGUGACCUUCAGUGUCGCCAGCACCGUGAAGCACGCCCUGUCCAUCUGGCUCAGUAUUAUCAUUUUCGGCAACAAAAUCACCAGCCUGUCGGCCAUGGGCACCGUCCUGGUGAUGGCGGGCGUCCUGCUCUACAACAAGGCCAGGCAGCACCAGCGGGAGGCCAUGCAGAGCCUGGCCUCAGCCAGCUGCACGCCGGAGGACGGCACGGAGCCGCUGGUGCCCAAGGAUCCCAGGCCGCACCACUGAGCGCCAGGGCCUCGGCCAACGCCAGGGCCUCGAGGCGCACAUGGCUGCCCUCCUGCCUAUGUGGUCCCCUGCCCUCGCUGCCUAAGCCCCCUGGUCAGCUGGAGUAGGAAAGUGCGUGUGUGGCCAUUCUCGCCCCUUUCUGGGGUUUCAGUCAAAACCAGCGGAAUGUGAAUGGGGACCCCCGACAUUGGCUCCCUGAGGGCUGACUAGGUCCAGCUGCCGCUGAGCCGUCGCCAGGGGGUGUGAAACUGCCUCCUGCGGCCCCCGUGCCAGACGCGGAGGCCUGGGACCCGCCGGCCUCUGCAUGGCCCUCUGGGCACGCAGGUCGCACUGCAGUGGGCCCGGCCCUGAUUCCUCUGUGGGCGACACCCCACAGAGGGGUCAACUGUGAAGCCCGAGCUGGGUCCCGGUGCCACUGAGCGCUCCCUGCUUGGUGCUGAUGGAGAGAUCUCACAGCCCAUGCCAGCCAGCCUUCGAGGCUACUGAGCCCUGGGGCUUGUCAGAAGCCGCCCUCCUGGGUGAGCAGGUCUGGCCCCGCCCAGGAGCCCGCCUGCAGGGACUGGGCUCCCUGAGAAAAGGAGCGUGAGGCCGCCUUCCGGUCACGUCUCCCUCCUGCUGUCCAGGCCCCUGGCUUCCCGAUGGCUUCUCAUUGGAAAUGUGAACAGAGCCUCUUGGGGAGACCAGGCCUCUUGGAAACAAAGAGCAAUAAUCACGUCUCAUGAAGUCCUGCCGACUUGAAAACGUUUGCCAUGUGGUGAAGUCAACGAGGCCUUUUAAACUACACAGCCUUUCCACGGAGCUGACCCGUGUCCGCAGGACAGGCAGGUGUGGCCGCCUGCUUGGCACGCUCUCCCUCACUGGACGCUUCUGCGACCUCCCCAGGAUUCUGUUCUCUUUCCUCCUUUUCUGCAUCCCUGAAAACCUCAGCUAAGGAGGACCCCCUGCCGGUGGCCAGGGAGAGAUGUGGAGUUGAUCUGUGAGGACCAGCGUGAAAGCACUGCUGCCCCGGCUCCUGACGGUGGGACGUGAACAGAGAAGGGCCACCUGUGGCCGCCCAGGCAGGACGGUCGCCUGGGCCUUCCCGCAGACUGUCAUCCGUCGUCGGAGCCGUGGCCGCAGUCUCCGCGUCUUGUCAGGGAUUCCGGUGCCCAGGCCCAUGACGUGCCCCACCCUCCACUCUCUCCAGGGCUUCAGCCAGUUUUGAUUUUCUGAAUUUCGGACCACAAACAAGAUGACGAUUACUAGUAAAUGAGGCAACUUCCUGCAAAGCUGCUUUGGAGACUUCCGGUCGGGGCUGUGGCUGGCAGAGCCCUUGCUUGGGGCUGACACUCCUCCCGUUAGUCUCGCCUCCACCUCUAAGUCUCCAUUCCGGGUCGUCGCCAGGAGUCACAGCCACAGCCUCGCUCGGCCUUUUAAGGACUGUGUAGACAGGAUGCGUCUUCAGUGAACUGUCUCGUUUUUAUAGUAUGUUCUCCUCGCUGAACGGUCUCAGGUGUGUGCACCAGCGAUGACUGGGAGUCGUCAUCCAUUGGUCAUGCCUGUGUCUGUGGUUGUCUGUGCCUUUGUGAACACACACUGGAACCGGUGAUACCGAGACGCGUCCAGAUCUCUGGCUUUCAAAACGCCCGCUGCUGAAGGGCACAGAAAGCCUCUUGUUUUCAGUUCCAGUAUCAUCACUUCUGCAUAGCAGUGUGAGUCGUCUGCCUUAGAAAGCUGAUGACAUCCUUGCACAACCCAAAAUGUGUCUUUAAUUUGAGAAAGAAUAAACACGAUGAACAGGAAACAGGAAAAAAUGUGCUGCUCAAAGCAUGUCACCACUUGGAGCUGUGCUUGUGGCCCGCGCCCGACACGCUUCUCCCCAAACCAGUGGUGUUUGCUUCCUGCUGAGUCUCCUGUGGAUGGUCGGUCACGCAGACGGGCCAGGGGGUGACGGACACGGAGCCUGGCCUUGUCUGUCCCGGCGACACGCUUCCUCAGGCCUGACGGUGCUCUCGCCGCUCCUCUGGGCCGGAAACAGGAAGGAGGUCAUUCCGGAUGGAAACCCUCUCUGCCUUUGCACAGCGUCGUGUUGAGGACUUUCUUUCCCAAAACAUGUACCUGCCCUGGUGGGGCCUCUCGUCUUCUUAGAAGCCCCAGCGUCCGUUUCUUUCUGUGCUGGCCGAGGAGCCGAGAGCAGACGGGUCAGCUGCUCGCCUGGCAGCCGGACAUAAAACCUUCAACCCGCUGGCUCUGGUUCUGAGUGACGGCCCCGGGACCCGUGCCCAGAUGUCCACACUGGGCUACAGGCUGUUCUAACUGGCCAAGUCUUGUGUGUGUCUGGGCUUGGCCCCCGCCCCCACCCCCACCCCGGCCGUUUUCACUGGAGGAAAGCUGCCACUGCGGACCUGCUGCCUGCGUUGUCUGAACCUGCCCGGUGUUGUGGGCUCCAGCUGGGGGGGCUGGUCAGGUUCCCCACACUGGGAGACGGAAAUAACCCUGACAUCAGAGCCGAGCCAUCUGUUUUCUGCCCAACGGAGCCGUGGAGAAGCCUGGGCCCGGGUGUCCAGUGCUUUGUAUUUCGCCUGUUUGGGUUUUUACGGGACCAGACAGAACGUGGUGCAGGCGGCCAGUCCCUGUCCCUCCACCUGUGGUAACGUGCUCACCUGUGGUGCCCUUGUCCUCUGUCCACAUGAAGCUGCCUCCGCAGCCACAUCUGACUCUCGUUCUAAAAAGUAAAUAAAAGCCCCGCGUGUGCUCGC